GGGGCUCCAACCAUGGAAGAGAGCAGCAGCGUUGGCAGCGCUGGCAGUGACAGCAGCACCAGCGGGAGUGGCGGGGCGCAGCAAAGGGAGCUGGAGCGCAUGGCUGAGGUCUUGGUCACCGGGGAACAGCUACGGCUGAGGCUGCAUGAAGAAAAGGUUAUUAAAGAUAGACGUCAUCAUCUCAAGACCUACCCAAACUGUUUUGUCGCAAAAGAACUGAUUGACUGGCUAAUUGAACACAAAGAGGCUUCCGACAGAGAGACGGCAAUCAAACUCAUGCAGAAAUUAGCAGACCGGGGCAUUAUUCACCAUGUGUGUGAUGAGCAUAAGGAAUUCAAGGAUGUCAAACUCUUCUACCGCUUUAGAAAGGAUGACGGCACCUUCCCAUUGGAUAACGAAGUGAAGGCCUUUAUGAGAGGACAGAGGCUGUAUGAAAAGCUGAUGAGCCCUGAAAACACACUUCUCCAGCCCAGGGAGGAAGAAGGGGUCAAGUAUGAGCGUACCUUCAUGGCAUCUGAAUUCCUGGACUGGCUGGUCCAGGAAGGUGAGGCCACUACGAGGAAAGAGGCAGAGCAGCUUUGCCACCGGCUUAUGGAGCAUGGCAUCAUCCAGCAUGUGUCCAACAAGCACCCAUUUGUGGACAGCAAUCUUCUCUACCAGUUCAGAAUGAACUUCCGGCGGAGGCGAAGACUGAUGGAGCUGCUCAGUGAAAAGUCCCCCUCCUCCCAGGAAACUCAUGACAGUCCCUUCUGCCUGAGGAAGCAGAGCCAUGACAAUCGGAAAUCUACCAGCUUUAUGUCAGUGAGCCCCAGCAAGGAGAUCAAGAUUGUGUCUGCAGUGAGGAGGAGCAGCAUGAGCAGCUGUGGCAGCAGCGGGUACUUCAGCAGCAGCCCCACCCUCAGCAGCAGCCCCCCUGUGCUCUGCAACCCCAAGUCCGUGCUGAAGAGACCCGUCACGUCUGAGGAACUCCUUACUCCCGGGGCUCCGUAUGCAAGGAAGACAUUCACGAUUGUUGGUGACGCGGUUGGCUGGGGUUUUGUGGUGCGAGGAAGUAAGCCAUGCCACAUCCAGGCUGUCGACCCCAGUGGCCCUGCAGCCGCAGCAGGAAUGAAGGUCUGUCAGUUUGUCGUCUCUGUCAAUGGGCUCAAUGUCCUGCACGUAGACUACCGGACCGUGAGCAAUCUGAUCCUGACGGGCCCACGGACAAUUGUCAUGGAAGUCAUGGAGGAGUUAGAGUGCUGAGUUCCUGGGCCUCCCAGCCCUCUAGCGGCCUGCGGGUGAUCGAAGCCAGAAUGACACAAAGCAAUGCAAUGAUGAGAUUUCCAUGCAAAUGGAUGGUUGUGGUCCUAUGGAUCAUCUCAGCACAUAUACAUCUAAAGUUGAGUUUUAUACACUGAAUGUGGAAAAACCGGGUAACAUAUCUUUUUAAUAAGAUGUCAGUGUAGAAAACAUUUGGGAAACAGAGUUUUCCUACAUGGUAGAACUGCCUUACUAGAUUUCUAUUUGUAGGUCUCGUUCGUUGUUUUUUAUCUUAGUUUGCAGAAAGGUAUUGAAAUGCUUCUCUAGUCCAAACAGCAACACGCGGAAGUCCCCUUCUUCAGAGUCAAUAGAUUAGUCGUUAAGGGUUUUUAAUUGUACUUUCUCCAAAAUUAGCAUGGAUCUAUUUAAUAGGGAAUCUAGAUUUCACCAAGAUUCAAAUUGAAGCAACAUCCCAAGGAAUAAAACUUGUUCAUUGGCAUUUUGAAGGGGGUUCUAAAGCAUUCGAGUGCUUAAAAGCCAUAAAAAGGGAUUUCUUAAUUCCUGCCUUUAGUGUCAACUUUUAAGUUAGUGCAGGUUUCAGUUGUGGCAUUAGCUAAAACAAAAACAAAAAACUAAAAAAGCAAAAACUUGGUGAUGCUAUGGGCGAGUAUAGACAGGGAGAGACUGCAUAAAAUUGUCCCGAUUUUCUCUCUGAGCCUAAAAUCAUUUUGUUUUAUAAAUCAGGUAUAGCAGCUUUCUAGAUUUAAUCUUGAAUAUGUUGAAUGUUAAAACAGAGAAGUUUGUAUAUACAGGUAAUUAAAAAAUCAACCCUUCUGGCAAGAUUUCACUUUGAAGGUGUCUGUUUUUAAGGGAAGUCUAAAACUUUGCUGAUACGUGAUAAAACUUGAACUCUAAAUUGCCUCCUUAGCCUGAAUUUUUACUAGCUUUCUAGUGUAACAUAUUCUAAGGGACAUGACCUGCUGCUUAUUUGGGGGAAGUAUUUUUCACCAAAAUGACCAUCUUGUGUUUUAACUUUUUAGCUCACUUGUAUAUAUGCAUGUUUUCAUUUUUGGUCUAGAAAAUAGUACAUUUCGGGGCUUGGUGUGCAGAGGGAAUUCCUCGAAGUGCCAAAUUAGGGAGUUAGGGAAUAUUAAAUUCUUCAUUCCAAAUAAUGGAUCUGAAUGAAGAGGUUAAUUUUUUUUAUCAUGCAUUAACAAAAUAAAAUAUGAAUAUCAUAUCAUAGCCAUUUAUUUGUAUUAGGUUAUCAUAAAUGUAUAGGUACUGGUGGAAUGGAUCUACUGUGCUAAAUAUGUUAUAGAUAUAGAUAUAUAUAUUUCUGGUAAUCUAACUUUUCUGAUUUGUAGCUUUAGUCAGAGAAUAGGAUUUUGGAGUGACAGAGAAUUUCUAACAGUAAUAUUGUUGUUAUACAUUUGAGAAACACUAUCACCUCUGUGUGGGUGUGCAUUUGUACUAUAUGGCAGGCUCUGUGCAUUUAAUAUCUGUGAUAUUCUUUAACCCUCAUCACCACCUUGCAAGGUAGGUGUUAACAUGCACAUUUUUUCAGAUGUGGAAACUAAGUCUGAGCAAGUUUUAAAUUGUCUCUAAGUUCACACAGUUGCAAGCACUACUAAGUGAUGGAGGCUGAAUGCAAACACAGGUUUAAUGCUAAAUUCCAUGUUACUCCCCUCAGCCUUUCCCCAUUUAAGGACCCUAUAUUGAGGGUUUAUUCUGAGCCAGGCUCUGUGCUAAGACUUUCUGCCAUUUGUCCUUAUUGGCCUGUGAAGUCAACACAAUCAUUAUCUCCACAAAUGAGGAAACUGACUCGUAAAGUGGUUAGUCAUAUGCCUAAGG